AUGGAUAGCUCAGAUCUUCGACGGCGAAAACAGGGCUCUCCCUCUGAUCAACCUGCUGAGUGGGAGAUGCAAAAUGGGUAUCGUAAUGAUGCAGAGCCCCGCUUAAAGCAUGUGAUCACUGCUCUCACUCAAUGGGGCUGUCCAACCUUUGUUCGAGUCUGUGGUGACCAGAGUGUACGCGAUCAGAUUCAGCUGACCAAGGAUGGUCGAUUGAAGACGCAAUUUCCGGAACGCCUGGUGUUGAUAGCCAACCAUCAAGUCUAUACUGACUGGAUCUAUCUGUGGUGGGUGGCAUAUACGAAUGCCAUGCAUGGCCGCAUCUUCAUCAUUCUCAAGGAAUCCCUGAAGUACAUCCCAAUAGCGGGGCAGGGUAUGAUGUUCUAUGGCUUUAUUUUCAUGGCUCGCAAAUGGCUCUCCGACAAGCCGCGGUUACAGCAUCGCCUCGAGAAACUGAAGACCCAGCGCUCAGGUUCCAAAUCCGACUCCCCAGAUUACAGCCCUAUGUGGCUCUUAAUUUUCCCCGAGGGGACAAAUCUAUCAAUCAACACUAAACGACGCAGUGAUGAGUAUGGACAGAAGCAGGGACUUUUGCCCUUGAGGCACGAGGUCCUCCCUCGGUCGACCGGUCUUUUCUUCUGUUUGCAACAAUUGCGGGGCACUAUUGAUUGGGUGUAUGACUGCACUGUCGCCUACGAGGGGCCUCCAAAGGGCAGCUAUCCGGACAAGUACUUUACUCUCCGGUCGACGUAUCUGCAGGGGAGGCCUCCGACCUCCGUCAACAUGCAUUGGAGGCGGUUUGCUAUGUCAGGCAUUCCUCUUGAAGACCAAAAGGAAUUUGAUGGCUGGCUGCGAGACCGAUGGACCGAAAAGGACCAGCUGCUUGAAGAGUACUUCGAGACGGGGAAGUUUCCCUCCGAACUGGCCGGUACGAUCGACGGUGGAGAGGCAUCCAAGGCACAGCGAUCUGCAGCUGCCAACGGAUAUGCCGAGGCACAUGUCCGUCUGGGGCACUGGAGUGAGCUCGGCCGCAUAUUCAUGGUGUUAGCUGGCGUUGCACUCCUAUGCAAGCUCCAGUUUUUUGGUUUUUGGCACGCAAGUAAUUGA